AUGUUUUUGCUUUACGACUAUGAUAUUUUUUGGGCAUUUCUAAUAAUAUCCAGUCUUAUUCCUAUUUUGGCAUUUCUAAUUUCUGGAAUUUUAGCCCCGAUUAGCAAAGGGCCUGAAAAACUUUCUAGUUAUGAAUCGGGAAUAGAACCAAUGGGUGAUGCUUGGUUACAAUUUCGAAUCCGUUAUUAUAUGUUUGCUCUAGUUUUUGUUGUUUUUGAUGUUGAAACGGUUUUUCUUUAUCCCUGGGCAAUAGGUUUUGAUAUAUUGGGGAUAUCCGUAUUUAUAGAAGCUUUAAUUUUCGUGCUUAUCCUAAUUGUUGGUUCAGUUUAUGCAUGGCGAAAAGGAGCAUUAGAAUGGUCUUAA